AGUGAAAAUGACAGCAGUGGCAGCGGAGCCAUCAACAUCACCAUCACCGUAGACAGCGAAAACGUUGACGCCAGCGCCAGACGAGAGCCAAGGUUCCUGCUCCCCAGUCAACCCAAUUGAUUGGAUAAUCCCCAAAGAUCGGAAAACGUGAAAUCAGCCCUGGAAUAGUAAAAACAAAACCCAGCCCGAAAGCAUGUCCUAGUGAAGCCCUCGACGGAGGACGGAAGUGGGAAGAGGGAAGAACAGGACACCCGGAGCACGUCGGAGCACGAUGGCCUCCGGCGAUGGCGACACCAUCAACACCAUCGACAUGGACAGCUCCUCGGCGUCGCAGGCCAAGCUGGCUGAGCCCAGUAAUGCCUCCAACGACCAUGUGGGAAACUCAUCGCCCGACCUGGGCAACCGACCGAAUCGCGGGGCCAGCAAGGCGGACAAGGAGCGCAAGAUUGGCCACAGACGCGUCGGCGAGGGCGGCGAGAUUACGUACAAGAAGAUCCAGACGUCGCAGAUCAUGGGCUCCAUCCAACUGGGAAUCCAGCACACUGUCGGCAGUCUAGCCUCGAAGCCCAAGCGUGAUCUACUUAUGAUGGACUUCUGGGAAAUCGAGAGCAUCACCUUUCCGCCAGAGGGUUCUAGCCUUACACCUGCCCACCACUACAGCGAGUUUAGAUACAAGAUCUACGCGCCCAUUGCUUUCCGAUACUUUCGGGACUUGUUUGGCAUCCAGCCAGAUGAUUUUAUGAUGUCCAUGUGCACGUCCCCGCUGCGGGAACUGUCCAAUCCUGGUGCUUCCGGCUCUAUAUUCUACCUGACAACCGACGACGAGUUCAUCAUCAAGACGGUGCAACACAAAGAGGGCGAAUUCUUACAGAAACUACUGCCUGGUUACUAUAUGAAUCUAAAUCAAAAUCCGCGCACGCUAUUGCCAAAGUUCUUCGGAUUGUACUGCCUGCAGACGAGCAAUGCCAAAAAUAUUCGCCUGGUGGUCAUGAACAACCUGCUGCCCUCGUCCGUAAGGAUGCACUUGAAGUACGAUCUGAAGGGUUCGACCUUUAAGCGCAAGGCCAACAAGGCAGAGCGUGCCAAGAAGUCACCCACGUAUAAGGACCUCGACUUCAUGGAGCAGCAUCCCAAUGGCAUAUUCCUGGAGGCCGAGACCUACUCCGCACUGAUCAAGACCAUUCAGCGCGACUGUACAGUACUAGAGUCCUUUAAAAUCAUGGACUACUCCCUGCUCCUCGGUGUUCACAAUCUGGACGUGGCUAUAAAAGAAAAGCAGAGUGAGCUAAGGAAACCCCAGAGGGCUCCACUGGCCGAGGACUCCGACGUGGAUGUGGACGAUCCCCUGGACGCCCUUGAUGGCGAUGGCAAGGAUCGGGAUGCGGCCACGGGCAUCAGUAGGAAUAAUGCGGCAUACAGGUCCGUGAAUCGCCAGCGACUGGUGGCCCAUUCCACGGCCAUGGAGAGCAUUCAGGCGGAGAGCGAACCCAUCGACGACGAGGAAGAUGUGCCGCCUGGUGGGAUUCCAGCGAGGAGUGAGAAAGGCGAACGUCUGCUGCUUUAUAUCGGUAUUAUCGAUAUUCUGCAGUCCUACAGGCUGAAAAAGAAACUGGAGCACACAUUCAAAAGCAUCAUACACGAUGGGGAAACCGUAUCGGUGUGCCGGCCCUCGUUCUAUGCUCAAAGAUUCCAAAACUUCAUGGCCAAGACCGUGUUCCGCAAGAUACCCUCCCUGGAUCUCCCAGAGAUCAAAGGGAAUCACAGAAAAUUUCGUACCUUGGUAACCAGCUAUAUAGCAUGUCUCUCAAUCUCACCGCUCAAGCAUUCGCCUUCGAAGAGAAAAAGCCUUUCCAAGGCCAUACAGCGCUCCAUCGACAGCGACAACGAGGUGGCCACGAGGCCGGUUCACGCUUCGCACUCUCACAGUAGUGGCAAGAUUCACCAGCCUGCCAAGCCGCCCACCACCGAGCCCACGCCAGCGGGAUCGGCAGGAGGAGCCGGAGGAGGAGCAACUGCCCUCGGCCCAGCCAGUGGCAGUGGCACCAGCGAGCGGGCACCUCCGCCCGUCAAGCAACGGACUCCGGCGGCCAGUAAUCUGAAGACGCGCGUGCCUCCGCCAGUGCCACCGCGUGGCUCACCGCGGCGCAAGGAUGCCCAGGAUCGGACGACACCAGGCACAACGCCCUCAUGCAGCUCGACUCCUCCCCCCGCCUUUGACGACAUCUCCGAGGACAGCUCGAACAAGAACAGCACCUCGUCGAUAGGGCGCCGGUCGCAUCAUCAUCACCACCAUCACCAGCAGUCGCAGCAGCACCAGCAGUCCUACUACCUGGAUCGCAAGAUGAACAUCGGACCCGCCUAUCGAGGCUCCUACAAGGAGGAUAUCGUGAGCGUCUCUGAAGUCCAUCUGGAUACACUACUGGCGGUGGACACGUCAUCGAGCAGCCAGUACGGGUCCCGCGGCGGAUUGGCCUGGACGCCGCCCGCUUCAGGUGAGGGCUCCACUCCCACAUGGACAGAGGGCACACCCAGUUUUACGGACUCCAGUUCGAGUGGUGAUCUCGACAACUUCUCGCCCAUAAACUCAUCUAAAAUCGAUCGACACAAGCCGACGGUGGAAGAUGCCAUCAACUCUCUGUCCGCGGGAAUGAUCAACUAACAUAGCAUGUGAUGACGGAACACAAGACACACCAACCCAGAAAUAUCACGAUGUGGACAGAGAAAUGCCUCAUACUCUUACAUACUGAUUAUGCUUGCGUGUUCAGGCGCACUUGUAUAGCUAGGAUAUAAUCAAAAGGCGCCCCACGUAGUACAGAAUUCCAUGCCAUGCCCACGCCCACGACCACACCCACACCUGCCCAUCCUUUCCAGCGGACAUCGGGUGAAAACUACCCAUCAAAGACAUAAGCCAACACUGCAAAAGAUAUUAUACACAAAACAAGAGCAUACUCCCCAUAUACAGAACUACAGAAGCAUAAAGCAAAUAGAUGGCAAAUCAAAUAUGAGUAAAGUGCGCAGGAUGACAUCCAGUUGGAGAUCCGAGAUCCGUUAUCCCGUUCCCUUAUACGUUUAGUGUACGGUGUAAAGAGUUCGUUAUGCGUUCGAUCAGAUAAUAUGGAAAUAUACAAUACACUGAAAUUAUAUGAAUAAACGUUUUUGCGAUACUUUCGAUCUCCGAUAUAUCCACAUAAGUACGUAUUAUGUAUACCUAUGUAUAAUCAGCAAUCGCGAUAUUACAAUAUUAUUGUACAAUAUUUCAAUUUACAAGCCAGACAAACCAAGAGCAAAAUUAUAUACAUAUUAUUCAUCUGUAUUUAUUAACGAUAAUUGUAACGCGCUUAGGUUUACUCAACACAAAAACAGAACGGAACAUGACUUACAUGAGAUAUUACAUACACCAACGGACAGACACGGACUGUGGACAACAUUCGACUCAUACAUGAUGAAAGAAUUGAUUAUUUAUUAAUUAGUUGAAUGUUAUUUAACUUAUAUGCAUUAUUCUAAAGAUUACUGAAAUCCAAAUGUAAUUACAAUAAAUUAAAUUGCAAGGUUGAAA